AUGGGUAUCGAUGGAAAUACAAUUUUAGCACAAAGUUUAAAGAAACAGGGGGUGGAGUAUGUAUUUGGAAUAGUAGGUAUACCUGUUAUUGAGACUGCCCUUGCAUUUCAAUUAGCAGGUCUGAAAUAUGUUGGUAUGCGCAAUGAGCAAGCAGCAUGCUAUGCAGCACAGGCAGUUGGAUAUCUCACAGGCAAACCAGGAGUAUGUCUUGCAGUAUCUGGUCCUGGUCUACUCCACUGCAUUGGAGGUAUGGCCAAUGCACAGGUUAAUUGCUGGCCUCUUAUAGUCAUCGCGGGCUCCUGCCCUCAGGACCAUGAAGGUAUCGGCGGCUUCCAGGAAUGGCCACAGGUGGAGUCUAGCCGACUUUACUGUAAAUAUGCAGUUCGCCCCCCCCUCACCGCGACUCAUCCCUCUGCAUGUUGA